CAACAGAAGAGGUCUACAAAUGUAUACUAUAUAACUUCGGGGUCAAAAUGAAAUUAUUCUUAAGGUAUGGGUCAAAAACAGAAAACGAAAAUUACAAUUUAAUAAGUUCAUUAUUGAGAAAUUUGCAGAAAAAGACCUUUUCGAUUUCGUCUCCAUUGAUGAUAUUCGAUAGUUAGUGGCUAAUUUGCUAUCAUCUCACUGCUUCAAUUUUGGCUCCUCAUCGGAAAUGGCGUUUUUACUCAACACCUCGAUUUCAUCUCACCUCCGAUCUUCUUCCCAGAAGACGGAUGGUGCUUUAGCUCAAUCCCGUCGCGGGUUCCAUGUGGAGCUAGGUGCUCGUGAGAAAGCUCUCUUGGCUGAGGAUGCAUCUUUGAGGAGAUUCAAGUCGCAUAAGAAAGGUGUUCAUAGAUUGAAAAGAAUUGGAGAUGUGCUCACAGUUGUCGUUGUCGCUGGAUGCUGCUAUGAGAUCUAUGCGAGAGUGAUGAGAAAGGAAGCUCAGGCUGCAUGAGGAAGCUCAUGAGUUUCUUUAUCUCCCUUUUUAGCAAUCUCAGAUAUUCAUCUUGUUACUCAUGUUUGGCUUUUGAAUAAGUGAAGAAACGAAAAGGAUUUUGUAAUUGUCCUAUGGCGAAACCUUGUAUUUGUCUUCCAGAAAUCCAAAUCGCUUUACAUGGAAUCACGAGCUCAUUGAUUAUUGAAAUCCAAAUUCACUAAAGCAUUCUCUGUGCUCUUCUCUUGUAAUGUAUUGUAGAGUUUAACUUUAUCGUUGCUUCUGAUACUUCAUAGUAUUCGAUAUCGAAAAUGAUAAGUUUUCUUUUGCUAUCCAUUUUGCGUUCAUACAAUUCUUAUUCCUCC